AUGGAGAUGUUUAAACAUUUUUUGUUUGGGUUCUUGUGCAUGGUUGCUCUUACAAUGCAGCUGGUUCAUGGUCAGAGUCAAUCAGGCUUUAUAAGCAUAGAUUGUGGAAUAUAUCACCAGAAUGAUAAGCUGACAGGCCUAAAUUAUACUUCUGAUGCAACAUUCAUAGAGACUGGUGUAAGCAAAAAUAUAUCACCAGAAUACACCAGUAUCAUCCUGGAACAACAAUUCUUGAAUGUUAAAAGCUUCCCAGAAGGUGUAAAAAAUUGUUACACAGUGAAACCAUUACAUGGAAAUCUGAAGUUUUUGAUUAGAGCAAGAUUCAUGUAUGGCAAUUAUGAUGGCCAGGGGCAAAUACCAAGCUUUGAUCUACUUCUUGAAGCUGAUGUGUGGGAUUCAGUGGAAUUGCAAGAUGCAUCCACUAUUGUUACAAAGGAGAUCAUUCAUAUCCCAAAAAAUUAUGUCUAUGUCUGCCUUGUGAACACAGGCUCCGGAACACCAUUCAUUUCAGCGUUAGAAUUAAGGCCUGCAAGUAAUUCCACCUACCAAACUGGAUCAGGAUCACUGCUACUCUCUUGGCGGUGGGAUGUUGGUUCAAACAACAAUGGAACAUCCAGAUACAGAGAUGACCCUUUUGAUCGCAUAUGGACACCCUACAACAGCAACAGCUGGGUAGUAAUAAGCAGUUCCCAGCCUGUUGAUUCCAGUGAUGACAUAUACAGGCCACCAUCUGCUGUCAUGAGGACUGCAGUGGUACCAGCAAAUAUAAGCAAUUCCUUGCAGUUCAGUUGGGACCGCUCAAAUAACAUAUCGGGAUUUUAUGUUUAUUUCUACUUUGCUGAUGUUCAAGAGAAUCGACGCAACCAGACUAGAGAACAGUAUCCAGUUGGGAAGAAGAAUGAAUCAUUGGAGUCAAAAACUCCAGGGUAUGAAUACUCUGAUUUAGUGAGAUUUACAAAUAACUUUGAGAAGGCUAUUGGAAAAGGUGGAUUCGGAGCAGUUUACCAUGGAUACAUUGAUGACGCUCAAGUAGCUGUGAAGAUGCUGUCUCCAUCAUCAGUUCAAGGAUACAAAGAAUUUAAAGCCGAGAUUGAGCUUCUUAUGAGAGUUCACCAUAAGAACUCGACAACACUAGUUGGAUAUUGCGAUGAGCCCACAAACAUGAGAUUGAUCUAUGAGUUCAUGGCUAAUGGAACUUACAAUCACAUCUUUUACAACGUUGGAUUGGAGUUCCUCCACAGUGGUUGUAAGCCACCCAUAGUCCACAGAGAUGUGAAAUCCACAAACAUCUUAUUGAAUGAAAGAUUCCAGGCCAAAUUAUCUAAUUUUGGUUUUUCCAGAAUUUUUUCAGUUGAAAGUGGAACUCAUGUGUCAACAGUUGUUGCUGGCACCCCUGGAUACCUUGACCCUGAAUAUUAUACAUCAAACAGGUUAACAAAAAAAAGUGAUGUGUAUAGUUUUGGGAUAGUUCUCUUGGAGAUAAUCAUAGGCAAACUUGUCAUUGAUACUCUUAACCUUGAGAGGUCGGUAAGUCAGCGGGUAAGUUUCAUGCUUGCCAAGGGAGAUAUUGCAAAUAUUGUUGAUCCAAGACUGAAUGGAGAUUUUGAAACCAACUCUGUUUGGAAAGCUGUGGAAAUGGCAACGACUUGUGUUUCUACAACUUCUGCUAAAAGACCAACCAUGAGUCAGUACUAAUGGAACCGCAUGAGGCUUUAGAAAUGGAGAUAGCCCGUAAGAAGAUGGGCAAGGAUGCUGAAUCAAAAGAUUCUAUGUUAUCGAUGGAUUUGAAUCUCGAUACUGAAACAUCUCCUAUAUUAAGGUAGCACUUUACAAAAAUGUAACGCACUUAAACCAUGCAUAAAUCGAUGUUUCAUCAUGUUCCAGGUCUUGGAAUAACCUUCUUGUGUGCUUCAAGAAAAUUAAAAGAGCAGAGCUGCUGCAGGUAUUGAAGCAGAAAAUAGAAGAAUACAGCAUUAUUAGGUGUUUGACAGACAUAUUUAUGCA